AUGUCUGCUCCUUUGAACUCGAACCCUGAGGUUCUGUUGCGUAAGAGGAGAAAUGCUGAGAGGACCCGCUUGGAGAAGCAAGAGCUUGCCAGAAAGAGAGCUGAGCUUGAAAAAAAGCGCAAACAUGCCCGCAAGAACAAAUUUGUGAGAGCGGAGACUAUUGUAGCCACAACACUAGCAACACAGAGGGAGAAGGAGAGAAUCAAAAGAAUGUCUAAGUUGGAGGCCAAGAAGGCUAAAAAUGACGUUGCACACCUUCCCUCCGACAGAGAUUUCAUCUUAAAAGUGAGCGAAAGCGAAGCUGAAGUCGAUUCAGACGCCGAUGAUGACGACAGUGAGUCGCUGCACAGUGAGAAAGUCGUCUACGAUGGGGAGCCCACACUUCUUUUUGUCAUCAGAAUUAAGGGCCCUACUGCGGUCAAGAUUCCACACAAGGCAUUCAAAGUUUUGUCGCUUCUUAGACUUUCUGAAAUUAACACCGGUGUGUUUGUCAAACUGACAAAGCAGGUGUAUCCACUUUUAAAGCUUGUGGCUCCCUACGUGGUUGUUGGGAGGCCCUCAUUGGCUUCCAUCCGUUCUUUGAUUCAGAAGAGAAGUAGAAUCUUGUACAAGACGUCUGAGGAUGAAGAAGCCAAGGAAAUCAUACUUAACGACAACAAUAUCGUCGAGGAGCAGUUGGGGGACGAAGGCAUUAUUUGUAUUGAAGAUAUUAUUCAUGAAAUUGCAACGCUGGGUGAAUCGUUUGCUAAAUGUAACUUCUUCAUGCUACCCUUCAAACUAAGUAGAGAAGUAUCUGGUUUCAGUGCAUUGAGCAAACUUCAAAAGCUAAAACAAAAGGAGUGGAAGCAAAAGACUUUACAAGUUUCCAACGCAGCAACGGCUCCAGUCAUCCAGGUUGAUAUCGACAGUAUGAUCGCUAAAUUAAAUUAG